AUGGAUGAUACCACCAAAGAAGAUGGCUCUGGCUCUAGCCGAAAAGCUGUGCGUAAGGAAAAAAGAUCAUAUAUCUUUAGGAAAUGGACAUGGAUCGAUGUAAUGAAAGCCUCUUCUGUUGGAACAGUGCAUUUGUUGUGUGUCUUGGCUCCUUUUAACUUCGAAUGGGAAGCUCUCCUAUUCGGUGUUAUUCUCGCUAUUAUGUCUGCCCUUACCAUUACGUUCUCGUACCAUAGAAACUUGGCUCAUCGGAGAUUUAAGCUACCUAAAUGGCUUGAAUAUUCAUUUGCUUAUUCUGCCCUUUUCGCGCUUCAGGGUCAUCCAAUAGAUUGGGUGAGCACACAUAGGUUCCAUCACCAGUUCACAGAUUCGGACCGUGACCCACAUAGCCCCAUUGAAGGUUUCUGGUUCAGCCAUGUCUUCUGGGUAUUUGACAGUAGUUAUAUCAGAGAAAAGGUAACAAAACUGUGGAUCGGAGGACGUGACAACGUGAUGGACUUGAAACAGCAAUGGUUCUAUAGGUUUCUACGAAACACAAUUGGUCUCCACAUCAUGACGUUUUGGACCCUCGUCUAUUUGUGGGGUGGCCUACCUUACCUAACUUGCGGCGUGGGUGUUGGAGGAACAAUCACUUAUCAUGGGACUGGGAUCGUAAACUCGGCUUGCCAUAUUUGGGGCUCACUACGAGCCUGGAACACCAAGGACACAUCUCGUAACAUUUGGUGGCUGGGACCAUUCACAAUGGGAGAAAGCUGGCACAACAACCACCAUGCCUUUGAAACCUCGGCUAGGUAUGGACUGGAAUGGUAUCAGGUAGACUUAACUUGGUACCUCAUUUCGUUCUUCCAGGCUCUCGGUUUAGCCACUGACGUCAAAUUGCCAUCAGAAGCUCAGAAACGGAAGCUGGCUUUCGCUCGUUAAUCUCAACUCUAAACCUAUCUAUUUCACUUUCAUCUACUCUGCAUCUACUCUAGAA